AUGGGCGGCGCCGCGGCGACGAGACUCGCAGUCCCCCAAUCCCGUCAACUGCGCCACAACGACACGUGGCAUGGCGAGUCGCUCGAUCGCUUGGCGAUCCCGAGGGCGCGGACCGACGUCACUCGUCCGUCGCAUCAUUUGUCGCCGCGAGAAGCGCCGCGACUGCAGCUUCCCGGCGCAGCAGCAGGCCCUGGCGGACAGCUCGCCGAGCCCGCCUCUUCCGGCUCUUCCCAUCAUCCCUCGCCGCGACUGCAGCUUCCCCGCGCAGUGACAAACCCUGGCGGGCAGCGCGCCGAGCCCGCCUCUUGCGCUCCCCAUCACCCCUCGCCGCGCUCGUCCGGCGGACGCGCCGCGACUCGCGGGACACUAAAGAGCGGUUCGGACCCAGAUCUGGCGGCUAGAGAGUCCAGCUUUGCAAAUUCGACGACGCUGACACGUGUCAUGCCCUCCGCAGUCGCCGCUGAUUCCGACACGCGGGCCAUGCUCCACGCGCAGCCGCAGCGCCCAAGCGACAGGGCGAGAGGGUCGACGACGACGCUGAGCCGUCAGAUCCCGCGGCCCGCAGCCCUUGUGAUUGAUUGCGACGCAGGCGAUGAUGAUGACGUGGCCGAGCUGCCAUUAUCAGCGAGGAACCACCACGCGUCGCCUGCUAGUCACACCCGCCAACGCCGCGAUAGGCGCAGCCCCGGUGGACCCGGCGCCAACCACAGUGAUUCCCCCCGCGGGACGACCGUGGGAAAGGCGCAAGGGGGAAGGGCGCACGGGGGAAGGCGCUCCGCCGUGGCGCAAACCUCUCCCCCCUCCUCAGCCUCCCCCCUGGACCCCGCAUCCCCUUCCCCCACCUCCCCCCGCUUCCCCUGUGCGCCCUUCCCCCGUGCGCCCUUCCCCCGUGCGUUGCAACCGAUGGCGCAACAUCCUAUAGCGGAGCAUGCCAUGGUGGACGGUCUCACGGUGCUCCACCGUCGCUCUCGCACUCUCGACCGCCGCCCUGCUCCCUCCGAGUCGCUCCCUGACUGCCACCUUCCCCAGCGUGCGGCAUGUGAUGAGCGGGCUUCGCGGCACGCUCGUGUGGGCUCGCAUGGCGGUGUGUGUGUGCAUGUGCAGAGAGUUGGAGGGAUGGCCGGAGCGGGAGAGAAUGCGCAGUGGGUGGGGGGGGAUGAGGAUUGGCGCAUGGUGCAGGAGACGCCAUGGAAAGAGGAGGGUGAAGGGGAGGACGUGGAGGCAACGAGAGGGUGGCAAUGGGAAGCGGAGGGGGAUGGUUUGGAGCGAGGAAGGGUUGAGAGGCAUGACCCCAUACAGGCGCAAGUGCCGAACCCUGCCUUGGUGAGGGGGAGUGAGAACAAGGGGAGCUCCAAGAGCAGGGAGAAGCCCAAAAGCAAGCUGCAGAGGUCGCUGAGUGAUGACGAGGAGGAGGAACAAGCCAAGGUUGUGAGACCGAGUCGUGAUGGCAGCAGCAGGCUCAAGCAGCAGGGGAAAAGGGGUGCUGUACUAAAAGUGUAG